AUUCAGCAGCGAGCACCUCAUCAGCUGAUGCUGGAUUUUAACCACACAGAGCACAGCAAACGUUGCUCUCAUUGGCAUCACCAUGGCAACAGUGUCAGUCCUGCUCUUCCUCCUCUUCUCAACUUUUUCUCCUCCAGUCCACAGCCGUCUCACUACAUUCCAGAUCAUUCAGAGUAAAAUGAAUCAGACUGCGGCUCGGGCAGCUUGCAGAGAAAAUUACACCGACCUCGUCACUGUGUACUCUGAUGAAGACAACACUGACCUGCAUAAUAUGAAGAAGACUUAUCGUGGAGAAGGCUGGAUCGGUCUCUAUCGCAGUAACUUCAGUGAGAAAUGGUCUAAUGGUGAUCCUGUAACAUUCAGAAAUCUGGCAGGGGAUUGUGGGAAUUCGAGCUACUGUGCUGCUAUGAAGGCUGAUGGUUCAUGGGAAAGUCUUCAGUGCACAGAGACGCGAUAUUUCAUGUGCUAUGAAGAAGAUGCUUCUUCACAGACUCCUAAUUAUCAUCUAAUCCUUGAGAGUAAGACCUGGUCUGGUGCUCAGAGUUACUGCAGGGGGAAAUACACUGACCUGGUCAGUAUCAGAGAUCAGCAGCAGAAUGAAGAGGUGAAGAUUAAAGGGUUAAACAGCACCACGUCCUUCUGGAUCGGCCUGCUGUGUGAUGACUGGCAGUGGACCGAUGGAGGAAACUCCGCCUUCAGAAACUGGGGGAGUGGUGAACCUUGGGAAUCACCAUCAGAGGACUGUGUAGUAUUGAGUGGAGGGAAAUGGUAUUCAUUUUCAUGCACUGACCUGAAUCCCCCUCUGUGCUACAGCGCUUCCAUCCAUGUGAGUGAUGAGGCUCUGAGCUGGGAGGAAGCGCUGGAUUACUGUCGUGAAGGGAACAGGGCUGGAAUUCUCAACAUCGAUUCUGAAUCUGAACAGGAAGAGCUGGAGUCUGAGCUCAAGAGGGGGCGUGUCUCUGAGCCGGUGUGGGUGGGGCUUAGACAGAGCCGACUCUUUGGGUUCUGGAUCUGGGCCGAUGGGAAGGCCGUGUUUCCGUACUCCUACUGGGAUGAAGGGAAACAGCCCGAGCAUUAUCUCUCUCAGCACUGCGGCGCCGUCGAUCCACGGAGCGACUUCAGAUGGAGAGAUAUGAACUGUCAGUCUCGGUAUAAAGCUCUGUGUCUCAUCAAAUGCUCUCCAUGAACCUCCUCCAUAUUAUAUAUAUUUAUAUAUUUAUAUUAUUCAUUUCAAGCUUGAACUGGUCUGUAGGUAAUAGUUUUUAUUAUUUCAAGUCUUUAUUUCUAGAAAGAAGCAAAAUUAUUUUUCUUGAAAUUUAAGAAAAUUUAAGCUUGACAUGUGUAAAUGAGUUCAUGCUAUUAGUUAUAUUAUAUAUUAUUAUUAUAUAUUAUAUUAUAAAAUCAUUCUGAGGAACUUUAA